UUUUACACUCGGCAACGUACCAGUAACGAUAACGGGAUCUCUUACGAUAGCUCGCUUGGUCGGAGAACAAGCUCUGCCAGUUUGCUGUUCACCAUGCAGAGUUACUAUGUUGGUUUUAUUCUGACCAUGAUGGUCGCCGGAGCGGAUUCUAGUACCGAUCAUAUAAAAUUGGGUUGCUGGGCUGACAAGGCAGACAGGGCAGUUCCCACUUUAGAGGGUACAGAUCCCAUCCUCGACGGAAAUUAUGUGACAAGAGAGGAUGCUAUCGAGAAAUGCUGCCAAGCUGCAAUGAAUCGCGGGUACAAGUAUUUUGUAGUGCAGAACGGUGGAUGGUGUGGCUCCUCCUGUAACGCCGAGCAAACAUAUAUGAAAUAUGGGCCUUCUGCCAAUUGUCAAUCGGAUGGAGAAGGUGGACCGUGGGCCAACCAAUUGUACAUGAUACCGUGCAAUCAUAUAAAAUUGGGUUGCUGGGCUGACACGGCAGACAGGGCAGUUCCCACUUUAGAAGGCCAGGAUCCCCUCCUUGACGGACAGUACGAGACAAGAGUGAACCCAAUCAAGAAAUGCUUCCUAGCUGCAAAGAGUCGCGGGUACAAAUACUUCGUCGUACAGAAUGGUGGAUGGUGUGGCUCUUCUUGUAACGCCGAGGAAACAUAUAUGAAACACGGACCUUCAACUAAUUGCCAAUCUGACGGAGAAGGUGGACCUUGGGCCAACCAACUGUAUAUGAUAACAAGCAGUUAUAUAAAAUUGGGUUGCUGGGCUGACAAGGCAGACAGGGCAGUUCCCACGUUAGAAGGUCAGGAUCCCAUCCUCGACGGUCCUUACGAGACAAGAGUGUACCCAAUCGACAAAUGCUACCAAGCUGCAAAGAGUCGCGGAUACAAGUAUUUUGUCGUGCAGAAAAGUGGAUGGUGUGGCUCCUCUUGUACCGCCGAGGAAACAUAUAUGAAAUACGGGCCUUCUACCAAUUGUCAAUCAGACGGAGAAGGUGGGCCAUGGGCCAACCAACUGUACAUGAUACCGAGCGGUUGUCAUGAUUAACGUCUCAGAUGGAAUCCAUACUGUUUAACAUCCAUGCCUUAAUUGUUGUGAGAGGGGCGGGUUUCGGCCAAUUUACAUAUUGACAGCUUACUACAACCGAGAACUUUGAGGAAUACGAUUACUGAAUACAAUUAACGGGAUGUUACAUUAAUGUCAUCUGGAUAAAAAUAUAUAGCAUGUGCUAGAAGGGGUUGGUUUUAUACGUAGUCAUGUUACCAAAAUCUGUAAAUGAUAUUACUGGUACUUACAAUGCCUCCUUAAAGCAGCUGUUGUUCUUGUAAAAUUUCGCAAUUUCGGGCACUUGUCAAUGCUACUUUGGCUGUAAUCUCUUGAAUACAAAUUAAUGUGUGUAAAGUAAUUUACAAUUAUGUCUGAAUUAAUGGUAUCUGUUGAAAAUAUAUAUACCAUGUGCUGGAAGAUGUAGGCUUUAAACUUGUUUGUGUUACUUAAGUAUGCAUUUCUUGUUAAUGUUAUAGCUUAUAAUGUCUCUUUAAAGCGCUUGAUGGCCUUGUACUAUUAAGCAGUUGUUGUUCUUGUAAAAUUUCGCAAUUUUGUAAAC